AUGGAUAAAGAUAGAGGAUGGCUUGCCGAAGGCGCCUACGAUGACUUUGUCCGGCCCCUGUGUUCCUCAGACCCUCGACUUAGACGGCGCGACCCCAAGGCUCAAAUUCAACGCAUCCCCUUCACAGAUGACGGCGUCCGAGUCGUCAAGCUCAGCAUCGGCGACAACGGCACCUUUAUCAGAACAGCACAAUUUGAGGAACCAGCCGACCUAGAAACACACCUUCACUACAAUACAGCAUCACAGCAAGGACAGCAAGGACAGCAAAACAUUUACAUCCUCGAGGGCCUCGGCCCUGGAUUCGCAGGUGUGUUCGGCCACCACUUCUCGCUGCAUCCUUCGGUAUUCGUCGAGCAUGAGCGCGUGGUCGUGCACAACGUCAACUGGACGGGCGAAAGCGACGGCGCGCAGCUGCCGUCGGUGGUUCGGAGUCGGGACCAUGUGGAGAUGAAGUACUACGAGGUCGUGACGUUUGAUACGCGGCCGACGAGUUUUCGGUGGGUGUGCGCCGCGACGGGGCGGCAUAUUGGGGUGUCGAGGGAGUUUCGGUGGGAUAAUUCGCCCGACGACGAGUUUGAUCGGUUUUUGAAUGUGGGUGUUGUGAGGAGGAAGUGUGGUGUUUGGUCGAGGAGGAUUGGGGCUGGUGGUUGGGAUUGCCUUGUACUCUGUGAUCCUCCGGUACGAAGCGUCCGCACAGGAGAUGAUUACAAGAUAGAGCACCCAGUCAAGACCUGGCCCUAUCAGGGUGGCUACCUCGACUUCGUCCCAGAAGAAUCGCAAAUCAGCAUCGCUAGGGAAAAGGGGAACGAGCACCACCACUACGGACCCCCGCGAACUUCCAUGCUCGACGACCUCGCCUUCUAUCUCGAGACACACGCGGGGCUAGUAGAUACUGCAGAGCCCGAAUCCGUCGUCAACGUCUUUGUGAGCAAGAUUGUGGCCUCCCACCUGCUCAAGCAAACGGAACACCUGCGCGCGACGCUCUCGGCUGUACAGCGGGGUCUCACGCGCAAGCAGGACCUCGCGAAGCUGCCGAUGACCAAGGUAGAGGCGCUCUGGAGCGAUAUGCAGGGGUGGGAGAGGCGGACGGGGGAGUAUCUCGAGGACGUGGAAGGAAUCAUGCUGCAGCUCGGGAUCCCGUUGUCGCCGACACAACCCCCGGCGACAGGAUCCACUGCGCCGCCCAUCGGUAUACCACCGCAGCCGGGAUCGGGCCCGGGACCGAAGACGGGGCCGGAGCGAUCCAACGUCACCGCUUGGUCAGAUAGCUCAGCAGAUUUCCAGUUCCUGCACCUCCGCUUCCGGGAACUACGCCACCGGACUGAAAUGCUCAACGCGGCGGUGACGGGGCUGGCGGGCAUCACGGGCAACAGGCAGGCGUACAAAGAGCAGCAGCGGAGCAUCCGCGAGGCCAAGAGCACCAAGGCGGUGACGCUGCUGGGAUUGGUGUUCAUCCCGCUGGCGUACACUGCGUCCGUGUUUUCGAUUGAGAAGCCGUUUGGGCCUGGCGGGGAGCUGUUUUGGGUGUACUUUGUGACCUCGGCGCCGUUGAUUUUGGUGGUCAUGGUCGGGUAUUAUGUGUUGGAUUUUGGUUACAAUGAUGAUGGGAGGGCGUGGUCUGUGGAUACAUUUGCAAAGUCGGUUGGAGAGAGGGUGCCUGGGUUGAAGAGGAGGGAUUUAGGGAGGAGGUUGGUUGGAUGA